UCCCGAAACCCGCAAUCAGUCUUGCUAUCUGACCAGCUAAGAUCCAUCUUCAACCGCUUCGAUUAUAAUACAGAGACUAGAGAGUGAUAGACGGUCAACAUCGUCCAACACACAACUCGUUAAAAAAUACGUUACGCGUGUGAUCGAGCGAAGCCGAGACGCCGCGAGUCGCGAUCCACUCUGACUCGAUGUAAAUUCAGUCUCCUCUCGAUCGCCGUACUAUAGCAAAUCAAAAGUUAUUUCAGAUUCGUGCAUUAUCUCCAAGUGUUCAACUGAUAAGUGGGUGGUGCAAGUCUAGCUGUACAGCAGACCGAUUUCGAUUCGCAACGAUGGAAAGCCAACCUCCUCAAAACAGUGAGACUGCAAUUGCGGAAAAAUCCGUGGACCGAAACGAAAAAGAGGCCGACGAAGAAGGAAAUUUUUUCUCCAGUGAUGAAUUGGAAGAGUAUAAAAAAGUACAUGAAGUACUUCUGAAAUUUUUGACAGCAAAACCUAAAAAUAAAUCUGAUCUACGGAAAUCCCUCUUCAACAUUAUUGCAAGCUCCACGAGGCGUCUCGCAUUUUUAGAAGAUGCUACAAAUCAGGAAACGAUAGGUACUAGGACACAACAUACCAAGUCAAAUCAGCAAAUUAACUCUGAUGAAUAUGAGAAAUUUUCAAACCCUGAGGACGAAAUUAUUCUGAGAAAGAUUAAAGGGCAUCUUGGACAAAAAAAAGAUGAAAAAAAUGAAAAAAUACCACGAGUAACAAUACAAAGAAUUAGCUGCUAUAACAAGCCUACAGAUCCAGUGCUCUAUAAAAAUGAUAACUGCAGAAUGAAUAACAAGACAUCCGACACUACAAGUUCACAGUACAUCCCAGUUCUGCAAGAAAAUGCUAGUCAGACGAUUAUGAAAAAAGAAGAAAUUGAUGACACUCAAUUGAACAAAGAAAUUCAAAUAGAAAUCGAGUGCAAAAAUGUAAAACCUUCGAUAAUUUCGUUUAUACUUGAAGAAUCAAAUAUAAGUAUUAAAUGCCAACCCAACAGACAAAAUGAAAAAAUUUCGCCUCUGAAAUCUAUACACUCGAGCGGGAAAUCUAAAAAGUUUAAAGCAUGCCCAGUUUGGGAAGAUAAGUAAUCUCAAA